AUGCAUCCUGACAUCACACGCACUCUUGGGUCGUCUCCGGAAGUGGCUGAUGUGGCAACCGGAACGGGCGUUUUCCUUCGUCUACUAAAUUCCGAGAUGCCAAGCGGCAAUUACGUCGGUUUCGACAUAUCACUUGGUCUCUUCCCGAAUCCUAAAGAUCUACCAUCCAACAUCAAGCUGCAAACACUUGACGCCAAAGAAGCCGUUCUUGAACAUUCACGGCACAAGUUCGAUCUUGUACACAUCAGUCUAUUGGCAGCAGGUGUCGAUCCCUCGGAAUGGCCGUUGGUUGUUAGCAACGCUUGGACUGAAUGCAAUUGGGCGAACGCGAGGUGUCUCAAAGGCGAACCUGGCUCACGUAUUGACGUUUCAGAAAGAUGGAGAAAGGGGUUUGCGGAUGGAUUGGGAGAGAGGUUCUCAAGCAGCUUCAGCACGCUUGCUGAGAACAUGCGGAGCGCAGGCUUAGGCUCUGUUUCGAUAGAUGUGGUAAGCUCUGACAGAGUGUCUGAGACGAGAGAACGCAUGACAAGGAAUAACACGAAGGCUGUGAUGGCUUGGGCGGCUAUGAUGAUCGAGCGUGGGAUUAUCGGUUCGGUGACGCUUGAUGAGUUCGCUGGAGAGGAGUCAAAGGUGGCGGAAGAGAUUCGGACAGGUUGUUAUGUGAGGUAUGAUGUAUAUACCGUCAUCGGAAGGAUGCCGUACGAUUGA